AUGUUGGGGAAAGGAGGAAAGCGGAAGUUUGACGAGCAUGAAGAUGGGUUGGAAGGCAAAGUGGUGUCUCCUACUGAUGGUCCCUCUAAGGUGUCUUACACCUUACAGCGUCAGACUAUCUUCAACAUUUCCCUUAUGAAACUUUAUAACCACAGGCCAUUAACCGAGCCAAGCUUGCAAAAGACAGUUUUAAUUAACAACAUGUUGAGGCGAAUCCAGGAAGAACUCAAACAAGAAGGCAGCUUGAGGCCUGUGUUCAUGACCGCUUCGCAGCCCGCCGACCCUCUCAGCGACAACUUCCGCGAGGCCCAGCCGGCGUUCAGCCAUCUCGCCUCCCAGCCCCUUCUCCCCACUGACUUCGUUAGCACUACGCCCCUGGAGUCUUGCCUCACCCCAGCCUCUUUGCUCGAGGACGACACUUUUUGCACUUCCCCGACUGCCCAGCACGAUGGUCCGACAAAACCACCACCUCCUGCUCUCCAACCAGUAAAGGACAGCUUCUCUUCAGCCUUGGACGAAAUCGAGGAGCUUUGUCCAGCACCUACCUCCGCAGAGGCAGUAGCAGCCGAAACAGCAGCCGACGACUCUAAAGACCACCCCAGCGAGUCCAACGUUCAAAAGCCCGAGGGCCUCCCGGAGAGCAGAACGGCCGAAUCGAAACUCAUGGACUCGCUACCUGGCAACUUUGAGAUAACAACUUCCACGGGUUUCCUCACAGACUUGACCCUAGAUGAUAUUCUGUUCGCUGACAUUGAUACGUCCAUGUAUGAUUUUGACCCCUGCACGUCUGCCACAGGGGCUGCCUCAAAAAUGGCUCCUGUCUCAGCAGAUGAGCUCCUAAAAACUCUCGCUCCGUACAGCAGUCAACCAGUAACUCCAAAUCAGCCUUUCAAAAUGGACCUCACAGAACUGGAUCACAUCAUGGAGGUGCUUGUUGGGUCUUAAAAUAUAGAAAUAUAGCAAC